UGCACCCUUAGGCGCAGGCAGAUGGGAGUUGUCGUCCAACCGGAGGCGGAGGGCCGCAAAUGCCAGUGAGGCGCUUCAAGAAAGUCCACCUGACAGCCAGCGACUGCAAAGCUUUGAGCCAAAGCCAAGAAGGCAUCGCGUCCUUGACACAGCCUUUCUGUCCGGGGCAAAGCGUCCGAAACAGCCACAGAAGCCUCUACCCCACGCCCAGGAGGAAGAAGCAUCCAAGAGGCACAUCAGGAGCGGGCCGCCAAAGCUGCAUCACCGACUACUUCAGACGCAGAAGCGCCUCCUCGAGAUGCCUGCCUGACAUGUCGAGAAUCCGUAAAAUCAAAGCCGAGGAGCCACUGGAAUCCUUCAGGCCUCAGGAUGAGGAACUCUUGAGUGACGAGGAUUCGUGCUCCCUUCUGGAAGGCUACGUGGCCCCGGAGACUUCUAGAAAACGGCCGUGUUUCUCCCCGAGAGACCACCACAGCCACACAGGCAAUGGCCAAUGGGACCCGAGAAAUCAAGGCUUUUCGGAGUGCCUGCUGGGCGAUGGAAAUGUUCACCAGGAAGCUGACGGCGUGGAGAUUCACCCGCUUCCGGAUGUAUAUUUUGGGCUCCUGGGAACGAAGAACUGGGACGUGCCCCGGGGAUCCAUGGACCAGCUGCCCGAUGAAGUCCUUCAGGAAAUCUUUGCCUUGAUGCCCGUUGUGGAUCUAACAAGGUUAGCAAAUCCACUAGUAUAUUCUGUCGUCUCCUGGCUGGCGCUGUCUGCCAUUUUCUUCCUUUCUGUCUCUGUUGGAGGAGUGGGCCGCCAAAGCUGCAUCACCGACUACUUCAGACGCAGAAGCGCCUCCUCGAGAUGCCUGCCUGACAUGUCGAGAAUCCGUAAAAUCAAAGCCGAGGAGCCGCUGGAAUCCUUCAGGCCUCAGGAUGAGGAACUCUUGAGUGACGAGGAUUCGUGCUCCCUUCUGGAAGGCUACGUGGCCCCGGAGACUUCUAGAAAACGGCCGUGUUUCUCCCCGAGAGACCACCACAGCCACACAGGCAAUGGCCAAUGGGACCCGAGAAAUCAAGGCUUUUCGGAGUGCCUGCUGGGCGAUGGAAAUGUUCACCAGGAAGCUGACGGCGUGGAGAUUCACCCGCUUCCGGAUGUAUAUUUUGGGCUCCUGGGAACAAAGAACUGGGACGUGCCCCGGGGAUCCAUGGACCAGCUGCCCGAUGAAGUCCUUCAGGAAAUCUUUGCCUUGAUGCCCGUUGUGGAUCUCUACCGGAGCCUUAGCCUGGUGUGUCAUCGUUGGCAUCGGAUCAUCUCGGACCCACAGUUCAUUCCCUGGAAGAAACUGUACCAUCAGUAUACGAGGGAAGAGUCUGGGGCGGCUUCUAACGUCAUGGCAAUUCUGGAGCAAUACGGCUUAUGCCGAGUGCAGAAUCAGCCCAUCCUGGGAUUUAUACGCUGUGUUGCGGCGUUGAAGAGCCAGCGCUGCCGGGACCCUGAAGCCAUCCUCCGGUGUCUGAGACGUCACUCUCUGUUUCCCAUGGCGGAGCUCUGUGUGACCAGAAGGCUGCCCAACAUGCAAAGUCCCCAGGCGUCCUACGUUUGGGCCGUGAUAUCCACGAUCGUGCUCUUAUCCGGAAGCGUUCGGGAGAUCCAGGAGCUGGCGGGUUGUCUUCAGAGCCCCAGCUCAGCUCUCUCGCCGAGGGACGUCAUGGAAGCUUUGUAUUGUAUGGCCACCCUGCUUUUUGCCAUGCGAGUGAAGGAGGUGCUCGUCAAUAACCGGAUCCAUUACAAUAUUUUCUACUGCCUGUAUCUCCUGGAGAAUUCGAACUGGAGCCCCGCGAUCAUAAUGCCAGAAUCGUCCAAUGCCAUCUGUGAAAGACGCGCCAGCAGCCGGCUGGAGAUACGUCCCACCUCGGAGCAGCAACAGAUCUUGAACCAUGCCAUCAAACCGAAGCAGGUUGUGAAAAUCAUGGCGUUUGCAGGCACCGGGAAGACGUCCACUCUGAUCAAGUAUGCCGAAAAGUGGUCCAACCUCAAAUUCCUCUACUUGGCGUUCAACAAGACCAUCGCGGAGCAGGGGUUGCGCGCCUUCCCCCGGAACGUGACCUGCAAGACGGUCCACUCACUGGCCUUCGCCGAAGUGGGCAGGAAUUAUAGACAAAAAGGCAAACUCAACUUAAGUUUGCUUUCUUCCUACUGGGUCAGUAUGGCCCUCCAAAACCGGGAAGGGCAGUCGCUGUUCAUAAGAGGCAAGACGGUCCUUCAGACGCUCAGCACCUUUUUUGCCUCUGCGGAUGACGCCAUCACUGAGGAGCACACGCCCCUCUGGUGUAAGAACACCAAAGGAGAACGAGUCCCCGUAGGGACGGAAGAGAAGAGGAUCAUUGUUGAAGAAGCAAGCUUAUUAUGGGACAAUAUGAAGAAGCUGACUGCAACCAGAGAGAUGGCGUACAAGAUGACCCAUGAUGGGUAUUUGAAGCUGUGGCAACUCCAGAAGCCUUCUCUUUCUGCCUACGACGCGAUUUUUGUAGAUGAGGCCCAAGAUUGCACGCCCGCAAUUAUGGACAUUGUCCUCUCCCAGCCGUGCGGCGUGAUCUUGGUAGGGGACCCACACCAGCAGAUCUACACUUUCCGGGGUGCUGUCAACGCCUUAUCCGAAGUGCCUCAUACCCACAUUUUCUACCUUACCCAGAGUUUCCGAUUCGGACCUGAGAUCGCGUACGUCGGUGCCACCAUCCUGGAUGUCUGUAAGAAAGUCCGGAACAAGACAUUAGUGGGCAGUAACCAGGAGGGCGAUGUCUCUGGGGUUGGCGUGACAGGGAAGGUGGCUCGCUUGUCCAGGAAUAACCAGACGGUCUUUGAGGAUGCGGUCAGUGUUACAAACGGAGAGGUGCCAGUUAAAAUCCACAUUCUUGGGGGGCUUACUGCCUUUGGCCUGGAGAAGAUACAUGACGUCUGGAAGCUGCUCCACCCGGAAGAAAACCUGGAGGUGCAGGAUCCCUUUUUCAGGAGGUGGGUCAAGAAGGGCUUCGGACGCCUCAAAGACUACGCAGUGAAGGCGGAAGACAAGCAGCUGGAGAUGAAGAUCGCGAUUGUGGAGAAAUACCGAGACCGCAUUCCAGAGUUGGUGGAAAGGAUCUCUCGGCACCACGUGCCUGGACAAGAGAUGGCAGAUUGCAUCCUGGGUACUGUGCAUAAGGCCAAGGGGCUGGAAUUCGACACCGUCCAAGUCGCUGAUGAUUUCGUGAAUGUCCCGUUUGCUCGGCACAACCUCAGAAGGCUGUCUACGGAAGCCCGCAGAAGAGAAGAGUCGGAAGCGGUCGUCCGCUUUCUGAGCGGUCUCCUCCCUUCUCACCUUAGUUUCCUUCCUUCUCUAGAAAGGGUCCCGGAGGAUGAAUGGAACUUGCUGUACGUCGCCGUCACCCGGGCCAAGAGGCGUCUCAUCAUGCCCAAAGGUCUAACCCAUCUCUUGACGUUGGCUGGGGAGUAUUAUUUGCAACCUGAGCUAACAAGCAAGGUCUGUGCAGAUGUGCCGGUCCAGUGCUCGGUGCGCGGCUGCUGUAACUCCAUUCCGACCGAAUCCUUCUUAACCAUGAAGAAAAAGCCUUUUGUUUAUAGCGACGGCACCCGAGGCUCGGAGGGAUUCCUUUGCCACGCCUGCGUGGAACAGCGCCUGGGCCCUCUGGUCGGCCUGACCGCCUCCCCCGAGGUGGUGCACCGCUUUUUG